AUGAACGCUUCAGCCAACUUACGGGCGUCCAUGAUUCGGACUUCAGUCCUUGUACCGGUACGGCCCACUCCCCCGCGUAUCAAUACUGGUCUACCCGAAAGACCCUCGAGAACGACGGGAAUCGAUGUCGAUACCGGAGAACGCCGGCGAAUCGUCCAGACCUUGGACUACCUCGAAUAUCGGAUCCGAUGUGACAUGGAAAGAGAAGCAUCUCUCCCAUCCCCGAUCAAAGAAUACACCAUCGAAUCCGCCGUCGAAGUAGAGGAAUCCAGAUUGUCUCAAGUUGGGCGCAUGUUCACCAUCUACCCAUAUAGAGACAUGAACUGGAUCGUCACCAUGCUCUUCGUAGUCGGCAGUAUCGCCUUCGUCAUCAACGCCGCGUUAGGACUUCUCCCGGUUAUUGCUCCAAAUCUCGUCUUCGACACCCUAAUCACGGUCGCCCUCCCUUCGACUAUCAUGAUCGGAGCGGUCAUGUUCAUGACUGGUGGCAUCCUCGGGCUCUUCGCAGCCUUCAACGCCGACCGCGGUACGCUGGAGAAGAGCGAAACCAAGUCCAUCAGCGGCGAGGGACCCGCCAUCUACCGACCCGCCCUCAUCGGCUCCGAAGCGUGGGUCUGGACUCCGUCCGCGGCCGACUUCGCCGCCCUUCUCCGUACCGUGCCGUUCCUCUCGGGACUGGUCAUGCUCUCCGGCGGCGUUAUCCUCUCCACAGCCGCGGUUGCCGGCGUCCCAGGCGUUAUCGAUCCUAGCAACCUCUUCCUCCUACAAGUCUUCAUCUUCAUGCCGCAAGUGAUUGGUGGGUCGCUUUUCUUUCUUGCCAAUUCCGCCCUCGUCGUGAAUGCGCAGGAACGUUGGUUCAAGCCUAAUUUCUGGGCGUCUGAGUGGCAAGGCGCCGUGUGGAAUACGAUUGCAUCGGCUGGGUUUGUUGUCACGGGAGUAUUGCUACUUGCCAACGAGAUGUCGGCCAGCGCUGUUGCUUCGUUCGCUGCCAGUACUUCAUUCCUCAUCGGGAGUAUCAUUCAGUGGUACGCGCUCAUGGAGUUUCACCCUACGUCUUGGGCUGCAUAG